CUCACUAUUGGCUUCAUGUCAUAUCAAUUGGUCUUCUAGCCACAACUACCUCAGUUUCAGCGAUGGAAUCUCAGCCCGGUGCUACCGAAGCCAAUCAACCCAACCGAAAGCGUGUCAUCACAGCUUGUCUGACCUGCCGCCAUCGGAAAGUCAAGUGUGAUCACGCACAGCCAGUUUGUUCACCGUGUAAGAAAGGAAACCGUGUUUGCACUUACACCAGCCCCCAAUCAACUUCACAGUCCUCUCGCCUUAGUGGGAACCGAGUGUCAAGAAGCAACCGACAAACUGGUCAGGACGAUAUUAGGAGUCGCCUCGAACGGUUGGAGCAACUUCUUGAGAGCGCCCUCAGCGGUGGCCCUGCCAUCCCACAACAUCCGGCUGAUACAACUUCCAAUCCGGAGCAUCUACAUCCAAAGCAUCAGGGACUGGGUUCAUCACAGAACCCUCAGUCGGAAACCUUGUCAACCGAUGGUUACGAUGGCGCUUUACUCCUCGACGGCCAGGGGGGUCAAUCUCGCUGGGUAUCAUCUCUUCACUACUCUCUCCUGGCUGAUGAGGCAAGUCAACUUCCUCAAUUGAGCUUCUGUCUCUAAUAGGUGACUCCAGAUUCGUGAUGUCAAGAUGCUGCUCGGAGGCCUGUCUAGCGAUGCACCGAGAGAAAGCUUGCCGACAAUCCGCUCAGGUUCCCCCUUUCCAUUUUCAGGACCUUCGACGGAUGACCUCAGGAUAUGGGCACCUACUUCAGCAGAUACAUGCUUGAUUUUACUUGACACCUUUUACUCUCACGUUGAUCCGAUGACUAGAAUAGUUCACAAGCCUACGCUCAAACGACGACUGAUCCAGUACAUCGACUACACGUACGGCAUAAACGCUUCAAGUUCUAACGAUAGAGAGUUUCUAGCCACUCACUCCGGCGAAGAUAUUCAUACUUUCGAACCAUUGGCGUUGGCUGUCUUCUAUUCAGCUAUCAAUAGUCUUUCGGCUGAAGACGUAUUGUUGCAAUUUUCUGUAGAAAAGGAGGCACUCCUUUCCCAAUUUCAACAUGGCGUGCAAAUUGGUCUGGGGAGAGAGAACUUCUUGACUACACCAAGCAUUGAAGUACUUCAAGCAUUUGUACUGCUUCUGACCUGUCAGUCGCGGGAAGAUGACAUGGCAAAAACCUGGGCCCUUUUAGGUCUUGCUCACAAGAUGGCGCUCUCUCAGGGUCUCCACAGAGAGCCCUCGCUGUUCAUUUCCACGGGCAUGGACGUUGUUCGAGUUGAGAUUCGCCGCAGGUUGUGGCAUCAGAUAUGCCACCUCGACUAUCGCUCUGCAGAAAGCAGGGGUCAAGAGCCGACUAUAUCAGACGAUGACUUCACCACCUUCCUUCCAAGAAACAUAUCGGAUGAAAAUCUCGUUGAGGGGGGGUUCGACGGCACAUCUACACAGGCUGGGUUUACCGACAUGACAGUUCACUUGAUCCGUCUGUAUGGUCACCACUGUUUCAGACGAAUCGUCCGAGGCACUUACAAACUUGAAAGGACGACUAAAUCACAAGCCAAGAACCAUGAUGACACGAACCCAGUCGUCAAGCUUCGGUCGUUAUUCGAUGAAGUCAGAGGCAUGGUGGAUGAAAUGGUCGAUCACUUCCAAGCACAUUAUUUACAAUACUGCAAUCCACAGAUUCCGGAGCAACGAAUGGCAAUUGGACUUGCAACGGUAGUUGAAUGGCGGUGCUGGUCUAUCUUCUGGUUGCGAACGCCAAAACAGUACCGGGAGUUUGUGAUUACCCCUGAAGUCCGACAAAUAAUGUUAGAGAAAUCCGUCAACCUCAUCGAAAGCCUGAACACGAUGCCAGAUGAUAAGGACGCCCAGCGGUUUGAGUGGCAUAUUGGUGGCCAUGCAUGUUUCCAGCCUAUCAUGCAUAUUGUCUCCGAGCUUGACAUGCCCGACUUCGACGUUCCCAACCGACAAGCACUACGGUCACGAGCGUUAGACGCAUUGAAGAAGACUAUGCACACGAGGGGUCGAGAAGUAACACCAAUGUGGAACGCGAUGAACCAUAUCAUCUCAAACUGCCUCGCCAAAUCUACCUCAAGACACUUGCCGGUGACGCUAUUCCAGGCUGCACGGACUGACUUCUCGGUGAACGAAACGACUCAAGGACUAGGCUCUUCUGCCACUGAGUCGAGCCCAGCACUGCUGCCCCAUAUGCCAAUUUCCCGAGAAUUUGCAUCAUCAGCUUCAUUGCCUGACUUCACAGCGCUGGGGAGCAUAGAAAUGCUGGAACCUGACAUUAUGUUUGACUGGGGAUUUUGGAACAUUGACCCUGCAGCUCCUGGUCCGUAUUGAAUGUCAACGCAGUUCUGCCUGCCUGAAACAAAAAUUGGCAACCCUGAGGAGACGUUCUGUAUAAUCUAUAGGAGGAUCCCUUAGUGAACGGAUGGCUGAAUUCGAGUCCCAUUGAUACAUUAAUGUGUUAUUGGCCCUUCUAAUAGAUAUUCAUGACUCCAUCUGUUCUUGAAGAUCACGAAGUCAAUGCUUAUGAUUGUAGACUUGUUUGCAGGAUUUCGAGG